GGGGCGGCGGUGGCAAGGUAUCUCGUCUACCGGACCGGGGCUGGGGUCCGGCUCCCGCAGCUGCUCCGGCAGAGCAAGUGCCAGCUCUAAGGGCUGAGGGCGCGCCUGGCGACACCAUGAGCGUGGGCUUCAUCGGGGCUGGCCAGCUGGCUUUUGCCCUGGCCAAGGGCUUCACAGCAGCAGGCGUCCUAGCCGCCCACAGGAUAGUGGCCAGCUCUCCAGACAUGGACCUGGCCACCACCGCGGCGCUCAGGAAAAUGGGGGUGAACCUGACGCCCCACAACAAGGAGACGGUGCAGCACAGCGACAUGCUCUUUCUGGCCGUGAAGCCGCACAUCAUCCCCUUCAUCCUGGACGAAAUCGGCUCUGACCUCAAGGACCGGCACAUCCUCGUGUCCUGUGCGGCGGGCGUCACCAUCAGCUCCAUCGAGAAGAAGCUGACGGCGUUCCAGGCAGCCCCCAAAAUCAUCCGCUGCAUGACCAACACGCCGGUCGUGGUGCGGGAGGGGGCCACCGUGUAUGCCAUGGGCACCCACGCCCAAGUGGAGGACGGCCGGCUGCUGGAGCAGCUCAUGGGCAGCGUGGGCUUCUGCGCGGAGGUGGAGGAGGACCUCAUCGAUGCCGUCACGGGGCUCAGCGGCAGCGGCCCAGCCUACGCGUUCACAGCCCUUGACGCCCUGGCUGACGGCGGCGUGAAGAUGGGGCUGCCCCGGCGCCUGGCAGUCCGCCUCGGGGCCCAGGCCCUGCUGGGGGCCGCCAAGAUGCUGCUGGACUCGGAGCAGCACCCGGGCCAGCUCAAAGACAACGUCUGCUCCCCCGGAGGGGCCACCAUCCAUGCCCUGCACGUGCUGGAGAGCGGGGGCUUCCGCUCCCUGCUCAUCAACGCCGUGGAGGCCUCCUGCAUGCGGACACGGGAGCUGCAGUCCAUGGCUGACCAGGAGCAGGUCUCACCAGCUGCCAUCAAGAAGACUGUCUUGGACAAGGUGAAGCUGGACUUCCCUCCUUCGGGCCACUCCAAGCUGCUCACCCGCAGCGUGGCCCCCGUGGGCACCGAGGACUGAGGUGUCCCCGCUGCGUACACACCAGGCUGCCCUCCGCCCUCUCUCUCCGGGCUCGGAGCUCUGCGCAGGGCGUCCUAGCCCCAAGCCACGCAGGCUGUCGUGCCCUCGUGGCGGCCCACUGCCCCGGCCCUGGUCUACUCCGGUCACCCAGGGUCAUAGCCGGGGAGAGGGCGUGUCACUUCCCACCGGGGAGCUCCCUGAGCGCCUCCUGGCCAAGGAGACAGAUGGGCCUUCUGACCUCAACCUCCCCCUUCCUCUGCCCCCAGACCAAGUCAGGACCACCUCCUGGGGGCUUGGAAGGGUUGUCAUGCCCCAGAGUCAGCUGGCUUGGGCUUUGGUCCCCUUCCUGGGCACAAAAGGUCAAGCUUCCCCUCCCUGAGGUCCUGGCCAAGGAGAGCGCCCUACCGUGCCACGCCCGCCACCUUCCCACUCUCCACGCACGGGGUGGGGACACAUUCCUCUGGGCAGGAACAACCAGAGGGUCCCAUGCAUCUUGAGUGCAGUGGGAGGGACUGUGUUUCCUCUUGGCCACCGCCCAUGACCCUGCGUCCCCACUGGAGAAAGGGCUCCCCCAACAGUUGGACUUCCAAGGUCAUCAGAGCUCUCAGGCCACUGUCUCCCACUCCUGACUUGACCCCCAGAUGCUGUCACUUGUUUCUUUGGCCUCUUAGGUUAAAUAAAGUGGUUUCCGGCCCAGUGUCUUAACUUCUAA